UUUUACACCAACUUUCUGGAGACGGUUGAGCUCGUUAUAUUACUGAUACUACCUUCUGUGUAAAUUACAUAAAUUGGGAUUAGUUGAUAUUUCUACAUAGUCGGCUAGUCUGAAAUGGAAAAUAAACCUAGUGUGUUGACCCGAAGAUACGAAAUCGGGCGGGUACUUGGCCAAGGUACCUUCGCAAAGGUGUAUUAUGGGAGGAGUAUACAAACCAGCCAUAGUGUGGCCGUAAAACUGAUAGACAAAGAAAAGGUCACUAAGGUCGGGACGAUUAAUCAGAUCAAGCGAGAGAUUUCGGUGAUGAGAAUCGCUAGACACCCUAAUAUUGUGCAGCUUUAUGAGGUGAUGGCCACCAAAACCAAGAUUUUCUUCGUUAUGGAAUACUGCAAAGGUGGGGAGCUCUUUAACAAAGUUGCUAAUGGAAGACUAAAGUUUGAUUUUGCACGGAAGUAUUUUAUUCAGCUGAUCAAUGCAGUUGAUUUCUGCCAUAGCAGGGGUGUUUAUCACCGCGAUAUAAAGCCUGAGAACCUAUUGUUGGAUGAGAAUGAGAACCUAAAGGUCACCGACUUUGGGUUAAGUGCACUAGCGGAAUCAAAGCGCCAAGAUGGCCUGCUUCAUACUACUUGUGGUACUCCUGCCUAUGUUGCUCCUGAAGUGAUCAACAGAAAAGGUUAUGAUGGAGUAGCAGCUGAUAUUUGGUCUUGUGGAGUGGUGUUAUAUGUCUUAUUGGCAGGUUAUCUCCCAUUUCAUGAUUCAAACUUGAUGGAGAUGUACAGGAAAAUCGGCAAAGCAGAGUUCAGAUUCCCUAGUUGGUUCCCUCCGGAAGUACGCAGGCUGGUGUCUAAGAUGUUGGAUCCAGACCCAACGACUAGGAUUUCAAUGUCUAAGAUUAGGGUAAGUGGUUGGUUUAAGAAAGGACUGUAUGCCGAACAGAAAAAGCCCGAAAUGGAAAACGAGCAAGCUUCACAGGAUGGUGGGAAUAGCAAUGAGAUUGCCGAGACUAAACAAGAAUCAAUUCAGCUUCCGAACCUAAAUGCUUUUGAUAUUAUUUCACUUUCAACUGGGUUUGAUCUGUCAGGAUUGUUUGAGGGGAUUUCUGAAAAGAGAGAAACAAGAUUUUCGUCUAGACAGCCUGUCUCAGCCAUCAUGUCUAAGCUAGAAGAAGCUGCCAGGAUUUUGAGACUAAAGGUGAAAAAGAACGAUGCUGGUGUGUGGAAAAUGGAAAGGCUGAAGGAGGGUAGAAAAGGGGUCUUGUCGAUCGAUGCGGAGAUCUUUCAAGUGACUCCGAUGUUUCAUCUGGUGGAGAUUAAGAAAUCCAAUGGAGACACUUUCGAAUAUCAGAAGAUAGUGAAAGAGGAUAUGAGGCCUGCUCUGAAAGAUAUUGUGUGGGUUUGGGAGGGUGAUCGACAACAUCAGUCGCCGCAACAUGAGGAACGGCAGGAUCAGCCUCAAGAACAGAAUGAUUCUAGCUCUUCCUCCAGCAGCAGCUAUGACAAACCUUCUUAAACUGCUAAUUUCUUGAGAUAUCUCACGUUCGUACACUGUCAUACUAUGUCACCUUUUUGUUUUGCUCUUCCUAUGAUUGUACUAAUCCUGUUUCAGUAAAAUUACUGUCCUU